UACAAAGACCGGGCGUCCUUGCUUAGAAAAAGCAGAAGAAGAACGAGGGGAAGAAAGAAAAACGAGAGACAGAGAGAGAAGCGAGAGUCGCUGCUUCCGGAUCCAGAUCUUCUCCUUCCGACCUUAACAUCAGACGCGUCUGUCCGAAACCCUAGCCGUCAGAUCCAGAUGGAGAUCGCUCGAUCUUUCACCGUCCAUCUCUGGAUCUCAUCUCUCCUCCUCUUCCUCGUCCUCGGCCACGGAUUUUACCUCCCCGGCGUCGCUCCCCAGGACUUCGAAAAGGGAGAUCGACUGAUGGUGAAAGUGAACAAGCUGACCUCUAUAAAAACACAGCUUCCAUAUUCAUACUACUCUCUACAUUAUUGCAGUCCGGAAACAAUAGUCGACAAUGCAGAGAAUCUUGGGGAAGUUCUUCGAGGCGAUCGAAUUGAAAACUCCCCUUAUGAAUUUAAGAUGAGGGAGCCGCAGAUGUGUACUAUUGUCUGCCGGGUACUACCUGAUGAGAAAGCCGCGAAGGACUUCAAGGAAAAAAUAGAGGAUGAGUAUCGGGUCAAUAUGAUCCUGGAUAAUCUUCCCUUGGUUGUUCCACUAAAAAGGUCGGAUCAGGAAUCUGCUACUUUUUAUCAGCAAGGCUUUCACGUCGGCCUUAAAGGCCAAUACACCGGAAGCAAGGAGGAAAAGCAUUUUAUCCACAACCAUUUGUCAUUUACUGUCAAGUUUCACAGGGAUGCACAGACUGACUCCGCAAGGAUAGUCGGAUUUGAAGUCAAACCAUACAGUGUUAAACACGAGUAUGAUGGCACGUGGAAUAAGGAAAAGACUCGCUUGACAACCUGCGAUCCCCAUGCAAAACGCACGGUUUCCAGUUCAGAUUCUCCGCAAGAGGUUGAAGCAAAUAGGGAAAUUAUAUUCACUUAUGAUGUUGAGUUUCAGGAUAGUGAGGUUAAGUGGGCAUCUCGAUGGGAUACCUAUCUUCUAAUGACAGAUGACCAAAUUCAUUGGUUCUCGAUUGUCAAUUCCCUGAUGAUCGUUCUCUUCCUCUCGGGGAUGGUGGCCAUGAUCAUGUUGCGGACAUUGUACCGGGACAUUUCCAAGUACAACCAGCUAGAGACCCAAGAAGAAGCCCAAGAAGAAACAGGAUGGAAACUGGUGCAUGGUGAUGUUUUCAGGCCUCCUGCUAACUCGGACCUGCUGUGUGUGUAUGUCGGGACAGGUGUCCAGUUCUUCGGAAUGAUACUCGUCACCAUGAUCUUUGCGGUCCUUGGCUUCCUCUCGCCCUCGAACCGAGGUGGACUCAUGACAGCCAUGCUCCUACUUUGGGUCUUCAUGGGCUUGUUCGCCGGUUACUCCUCUGCCCGUCUCUACAAACUGUUCAAGGGAACGGAAUGGAAAAAAAUCACCCUCAAAACUGCCUUCAUGUUCCCUGGCGUUGUCUUUGCCAUUUUCUUUGUCUUGAACGCUCUCAUAUGGGGCCAGAAGUCUUCAGGGGCAGUGCCUUUUGGGACCAUGUUUGCGCUGGUUUUCCUCUGGUUUGGUAUCUCAGUCCCACUUGUGUUUGUGGGUGGCUACAUUGGGUUCAAGAAACCCCCGAUUGAGGAUCCUGUGAAGACGAACAAGAUCCCAAGGCAGAUCCCUGAGCAGGCUUGGUACAUGAACCCCAUCUUCUCGAUACUGAUUGGUGGGAUCCUUCCUUUUGGGGCUGUCUUCAUUGAGCUGUUCUUCAUCCUCACCUCGAUUUGGUUGAAUCAGUUCUACUACAUAUUCGGAUUCCUCUUCCUUGUCUUCCUCAUCCUCAUUGUCACAUGUGCUGAGAUCACCAUCGUCCUGUGCUAUUUCCAGCUGUGCAGCGAGGAUUAUCUAUGGUGGUGGCGUGCCUACCUCACAUCUGGGUCAUCUGCCCUCUAUCUAUUCCUUUAUGCCACCUUCUACUUCUUCACAAAGCUCGAGAUUACAAAGCCAGUCUCAGGUGUGCUGUACUUUGGCCACAUGCUCAUUGUCUCGUACGCUUUCUUCGUGCUGACUGGAGCGAUCGGCUUCUAUGCAUGCUUCUUGUUCACGAGGCUCAUUUAUUCAUCGGUGAAGAUCGACUAACUGCAGGGGGUCGUGCCCUGUUGAUUUAUCCACACAAGCAGGAUUGUUGUGUGGGAGAGGAUUGGACGAGCAAGUUAUCUUGCUUCCACCUCGGUCGUUUUUUUCUUUUUUUGGGGGAAUUUUAGUGGUGCUUAUUCUGUUAUAGAAAUUGGUAUACCUUGUUCUGGUGAUGCAGAUUCUUAGGAGUAGUAGUUCCUCUUCGAGUUAUAUAUUUUUUUUCUUCCUAUUUUUCUUGUUUCCAUUUUGAUGUUGUGGAUGAUUUAAUGAGGGCAGCUAAUCCCUCUUUUAACUUCUUGUUCUAAGAAUGGGAGGGUUGUAUUUUGUUCUCAA